AUGGAAGAUUCUACCAAAAAAAGAAUAUUAAAGAUAACAACAACAGAGCAAUUUGAAUUUCUUUGUAAGGAAAUAAAGAAAUAUCCGGAAAUUGCAUUAAACAAACCCGUGUUUGGAGCAAAUAAGGCAAAGAUUGAGGGUAUAUGGGCAGAUAUUACAAACAAAUUAAAUGGUUUGGGGCCGCCUCAAAGAGAAGUAGCAGAAUGGAAAAAGGUUUGGGCAGAACUCAAAUCAAGAACAAAAAAAAAAUUGUUGGAAAACCACCAAUCUAUAAUAACUACAGGAGGCGGUCCUUAUCAUCACGAUUCAUUGUCUCCACUGGAAGAAAUGGUAGACGAAGCCUAA